AUGAGCCUCGGCUAUGGAGAUUUCGCCAAUCACAACAAUCGUCUACUUACCUUACUCAAUGUUUGCAGAAAAGCUCCUUCCUUUUCAAGGACCAAAGCUCUUCACGCAUUCUCCAUCACUUUAUCCUCUUUCCUUCAUCAGCCCGUUUUUGUCAGCAACAACAUCAUCAAUCUUUAUGCAAAGCUUGGCGAGGUUUCCUCUGCAGCCAAAGUGUUUGAUAAAAUGCCUGAGAGAAACACAGCUUCCUUCAACUCGAUCAUUAGUGGGUAUAGCAAAUGCGGUUAUGCGGAGGAAGCAUUGGGUGUAUUCUCUGAGAUGAGGCAUUUUGGAUAUUUGCCGAAUCAGUUAUCAGUGGGUGGUUUAUUGUCCUGUGCAUCGUUGGAUGUUUGUACUGGACUUCAGUUGCACGGAUUGAGCUUCAAGUAUGGCUUGUUUGUGGCUGAUGCAUUUGUUGGUACUGGUUUGCUGUGUUUGUAUGGGAGGCUUGAGUUGCUGGGAAUGGCAGAACGGAUUUUCGAAGAUAUGCCGUUGAAGAGCUUGGAAACAUGGAACCAUAUGAUGUCGUUGUUGGGUAAGUGUGGUUUUCUCAAAGAAUGCAUGUUUCUCUUCCGUGAGCUUGUUAGGAUGGGAGCUUGUUUAUCUAAAUGCUCUUUCUUGGGUGUACUGUCGGAUAUAUCUUGUGAAAAUGACAUGGAAAUUAGCAAACAAUUGCAUUGCUCAUCAAUGAAAAAAGGUUUAGAUUGCGAAAUUUUCAUCGUUAACUCUCUCAUCAGCGCAUAUGGAAGAUGUGGCAACACACAUAUGGCAGAGAGAGUGUUUGAGGAGGCAACUUCUUGUGACAUAGUGUCGUGGAACGCCAUAAUUGGUGCAACAGCCAGAAGUGAAAACCCUUUGAGAGCACUGAAACACUUUGUAAGCAUGUCAGAGCAUGGGUUUUCCCCAAACCAAGGUACAUACGUUAGUGUUCUUAGUGCCUCUUCUCAUAUGCAUAUAUUGAGUUUUGGACGCCAAAUUCAUGGGUUGCUUAUCAAGAAUGGCUGCGAAACUGACAUAUUUGUGGGGAAUGCAUUGAUUGACUUCUAUGCUAAAUGUGAUAGUCUUGAAGAUUCUCGCCUAUGCUUUGAUACUAUAUGCGAUAAGAACAUUGUUUCUUGGAAUGCACUGCUUUGGGGUUAUGCUAAUAAAGAUGCUCCCACUUGUCUCUCUUUUUUUCUUCAAAUGCUUCAGAUGGGUUUCAGGCCAAAUGAGUUUACUCUUUCGACAGCCCUCAAAUCUUGUUGUGUCAGAGAGUUACAACAGCUGCACUCUGUUAUUGUGAGAAUGGGCUAUGAAGAUAAUGACUAUGUGUUAAGCUCUCUUAUGAGAUCCUAUGCCAAGAAUCAACUGAUGAGUGAUGCUCUUCUUCUGCUGGAUUGGUCGAGCGGGCCUUAUUCUGUCGUCCCAUUGAACAUUGUCGCGGGAAUAUAUAGCAGAACAGGCGAGUACCAUGCAUCGGUGAAGCUGAUUUCGACACUAGAACAACCCGACACUGUAUCUUGGAACAUUGCAAUUGCAGCCUGCUCUCGUUCUGAUAACCACAAAGAAGUUAUCGAACUUUUCAAACACAUGCUUCAAUCAAACAUCCGACCUGAUAAUUACACAUACGUUAGUAUCUUAAGUAUGUGCUCUAAGUUCUGCGACUUUACGCUUGGUAGUUCUGUUCACGGUGUAAUCACCAAAACAGAUUUCAGCCUCGUUGACACAUUUGUUUGCAACGUAUUGAUUGACAUGUAUGGGAAAUGCGGAAGCAUUACAAGUGUUAUCAAAGUCUUUGAAGAAACAAGAGAGAAGAACCUCAUUACAUGGACGGCAUUGAUUUCGUCUCUUGGCAUCCAUGGAUAUGGACAUGACGCAUUUGAAAAGUUCAAGGAAAUGCUAUCUCUGGGUUUUAAGCCAGACCGUGUCUCUUUCAUCUCUAUGCUAACUGCUUGCAGACAUGGUGGUAUGGUAAAAGAAGGAAUUGAGUUGUUUCAGAAAAUGAAGGAUUAUGGAGUUGAACCAGAAAUGGAUCAUUAUCGUUGUGCCGUUGAUCUUUUGGCGAGAAACGGUUACUUAAAGGAAGCUGAGCAGCUAAUUUGUGGAAUGCCUUUCCCUGCAGACGCGCCUGUAUGGCGUACGUUUCUUGAUGGUUGCAAUAGAUUUGCAGAAGAACAGAGAAGCACUCUCAAUUUCGACUAUGUUCAAGCAAGUAAAAUUUCAGUUGCUGAAGUGUGA